UUAUUUAUAUUCGAUUGCGAGAUACCCUCACAAUAACAAAAAUAUGGCGUCGGAGUGUGACGGAGGUGGCACUAGAGAAGAAUCACCAGCAAAACGUCGUAGGGUUAACGUUAGAGCUUCAGAAUCGGACUCAAUUUUUACUGAUUUUCCAGAAGACUUUAUCAAACAACUAUCACAUAUAUGUGGGCAUUACUUAUGUUGGCCAGGCACCCAAAGAAAUCCUGUUCUUACUUCACUUCAAUUUAUAAACAGUAAUGCUGCCGACGAGAAUGAGGGAAUCACAUUCUCUAAAGCAUACUGCUCUGUAAAACCUACAAACACAAGAAAACAGGUUUUCGGAAGUAUAUUCGUGAAGGGCAUUGACAUGUUAUUAGCCUAUUUUACAGAUCGGAGGGUUCCAGAAAAUACGCAAGAACGUCACGUACUUGGGAAGUUGCUGGGUUAUCUACUUGAUACAGCAACACAAAAACAAAAUCCAUUGCGAAAACUAGGAACUUUUUGUGAGACUGAGCAAAUAGUAAUACUUGCGAAUCAUCUAUUUGGAAAGCUAGCUACUUCAUCAAAAUAUGUCAUUGACAAGAAUUUUGCUAUAAAAAAACAUGGAUGCCCAUGUGGAACUGGAUGCAAUAUUACAGGAUAUUAUGGAGCUACAAGUAUAGGAAAUGAAGAUGUCUGGCAUGGUAAUCUUGAUAUUAUCCUGAACCAGGAAUUGGGCAUCAGUCACAGUGAAAAAGAAUCAAGUUCCUGUAGAGCAGAAUUGUCAAUGGCCACAUCAAAGAAAUCUUCCCACCUUUCCAGAAAUGAUCAAAUUAUUGCCGAAACAGUAGUGUUCUCAUUUCUACAGCAACAGUGUCACCCUGAGAGUGCUCAUUUCUUGUGCCCCUGUAUUGGUGUGGCUAACACAGCCCUAGUAUUCUACUUCCAUGAUUCUGAGCACGAUAUCCUCCUGGAAAGCUCCCGAAUACCACUGCUUGAUUCAGAAUUGGAAAUCAACUUAUUGGCAAUAAUAUCAUCUUGGUUAGUGGUUAACUAUAAGUAUUUAAGCAGUGGUUUGCCGGAGUCUCUGAAAGGAUCAGAAAAUGCAGGAUUUUUCUGUCAAGCCAAAGAAAAAAUUGAGACAUAUAGAAGUAAUUUGAAGUUUGGCAAUAUUGACUGUUCUCCACAUGUUCCUGAAAUAAGUCAUCUAGGUACAGACACAGACUUCUUGAGUGAUGCAAGGUCAAAGUUUUUUCAGAUUGCUUUUGAAACCAACUAAUAAAGGCUGACAUAAGUCUGGGGAUGUGAGGCUGACAUAAGUCUGGGGAUGUGAGGCUGACAAAAGUCUGGGGAUGUGAGGCUGACAUAAGUCUGGGGAUGUGAGGCUGACAUAAGUCUGGGGAUGUGAGGCGGACAUAAGUCUGGGGAUGUGAGGCGGACAUAUGUCUGGGGAUGUGAGCCGACAUAAGUGGGGAUGUGAGGCCGACAUAAUUCUGGGGAUGUGAGGCUGACAUAAGUCUGGGGAUGUGAGGCGGACAUAAGUCUGGGGAUGUGAGGCUGACAUAAGUCUGGGGAUGUGAGGCUGACAUAAGUCUGGGGAUGUGAGACUGACAUAAGUCUGGGGAUGUGAGGCUGACAUAAGUCUGGGGAUGUGAGACUGACUGUGUCUGGGGAUGUGAGGCUGACAUAAGUCUGGGUAUGUGAGGCUGACAUAAGUCUGGGGAUGUGAGGCUGACAUAAGUCUGGGGAUGUGAGGCUGACGUAAGUCUGGGGAUGUGAGGCGGACAUAAGUCUGGGGAUGUGAGGCUGACAUAAGUCUGGGAUGUGAGGCUGACAUAAGUCUGGGAUGUGAGACUGACAUAAGUCCUUUGGGGUCACUCAGGGCUUGCAUAUAUUUGACAUGAAUGCAUACAUGAGAUUGCCAGUGGACUAGUGUCCAAGUUUUUUCAGAUUUGAUAAACUUCAUUUCUACAAAAUAACAAUAUAUAGCUGUUUCAUUUGAACAUUCAGUUAUGUUAAAAUAUUCCUUCUUUUAAUGCACAUUUUUGUUCAUUGUGCAAUUUCUCGUUAUAAAUAAAGAGAUCACCAGAUUGAA